GAUGCUUCCACUUUUUUUGGACUAAAGUGAAAUUACACCUUGACCGGCUGUUUAAUCUCCUGUACUGAAAGUUUUCCGUUUCUUGGUAGAUACAUUUGUUUAUUAUAAAUCCAAACCACAGCCACAAAUUUAAUGCAUAGGAUAUUGAGGGAAGAUUAAAAAAUAGUUGGAAGGAGAAGAAAGGAAGGAUGAGGGGUGAUGUGUUCAUUGCCUGCAGAGAUGGCGAUCUCAGCAGCCUUCGAAAAAUAUAUGGUAAUAACCCUGGGCUUCUGCAAGAGCUCGCAUUUGAAGAAAACAGUAUUCUCCACAUCGCUGCAAGGGAAGGGCACGAGGAAAUUGUUUCAUGGGUUCUUACCCACCUGAGAGAUUACCGUUUUAUGACCAAAAUUCGUAAUGCUGAUAAAAAUUCGGUGUUGCAUGAGGGUGCUAAGGGCGGGAAUUCGGAAGUAGUCAGCACUAUGCUUGGCUACAACAAGUCUGCCGCCUGCAAACGUAAUCAGUUUGGAGAGACAGCUCUUAUUAUAGCAUCUGAGAACGGUCAUCUGGAAGCAGUGAGGCUUUUGAUGGAAGCCACUCCAUGGUUUAUGAUUUUAUGGCCAAGGAAUGACCACCAAACAUGCCUUCACGUUGCAGCCUACGAAGGCCAUCUAGAUGUAGUGAAGUUGAUAUUAGGUAAGCAGAGUUUUUGGGAUCUACUACAUCUUAUAUCUCUGAUUCCUGAUGUGCAUGGUGCAACUCCUUUGCAUACCGCAGUUAAUGGAAGACAUAUGGCCGUUGUAAAUGAAAUAAUGAACACACAAUUAAAUUCAUGGUGUUGUAGGCAUUGGUUCAACAAAAGUUUAAUGACAAAGAAGGAUGAAUACGGAAGAUGUCCGAUUCAUGUGGCUGUAUUGAAUGGUUGUUUGGAGAUAGUUGAAGGAUUUAUGCUUGCAAUGCCAGAUUGUAUAGAAAUCCGUAGUAGAGAUCUUAAAACUGCCGUACAUUUUGCUGUGGAGUAUAAUAGAUUUGAUGUUGUGCAAAAACUCUUAUCUCCCCUCAGGCCAACAAAAGUUGCAAAAUUGGUGAGUUAUGACCAUGACAUUUGUGGUAAUACCACAUUACAUCUGGCAGCUAAAAAUGGAGUAGACCCUCAGCUUGUAGAAUAUUUGCUAUCAUUUUCUGGUAUAAAAGUGAAUGCUCUAAACAAUGAAGGUCAAAGUGCACUUGACAUAGCGGAUGGUGUUGAAUCUGAUAACAAAUGCAAUUUCAGUAGGAUUGCAAUGAUUCUGAAAGAUGAGGGUGCAACUCGUAAUUUCACACUACAUUCCAAAGCUUCUAGGCAAUCGGAGCAGAGUAAAAACCAGAGCCGUGGCGAGGAGGAUAAAGUAAUGGCAGUAGACACGCUGGUGGCAUCUUUGGUUGCUACAGUGACAUUUGCAGCUGCGUUCCAGGUGCCAGGAGGAACUAAUAAAGAUACUACUAGCAUGGCAUUAGAAACCCUUUUUCAAGUGUUCUUAUUUUCAGAUUGUCUUGCUUUCUUUGCUUCCAUUACAGUGGUCAUGGCAUGGAUAUUUAGGGAACGCCUACAGGAAAAGCUUACCAUGGAUCGCUCUCCAUUGGCUAAACUAUCCCUGCUAUGUUUAGAACUCUCAGUUAUGUCAACAGCUCUUGCAUUUGUAAGUGCAGUCAUCCUGGCCACAAUACCCCGCAAUCUUGAUAAAAGUAAUAAUAAUUUCAGGGAAUAUCAGUUAAUCUUUGGAGGUGAGAUCUUGACAGCAUCGCUAGUACCUACAAUUGCUGUUCUCAUUCUAGCCCUUGUCUGGACUUUCGAAUAUUAUUUUAGGGCCACAAAUGAUUCCCGACAAAAACUUGAAACCCAAAUUCGACAGGUUAUAAUCUACAUAGUUCCCCCUUGUCUCCUCAUAUUCGGAGUAAUUUUCACCUAUGGUUACAGCCUAAUAAAGUGAUACCUUCCUUAUAAAAUUUCUUCAACAGAAAAGUUCUAAUCUUCCUUUUAAGAUGCAUUGAAGAUGCAUUUUCAGCACUAUUCCAUCUUCUGUGUACGCCUUCUUGCUGUUGUUCAUGUGAUUGGCUUUAUCGAUGGUGGUUCUUGGUCAUCCUUUCGCGAUGGUGCCUUAUCUACUUUGUUUUCUGCUUCUUUGUAAUCGACUUUCUUUCUUCUUCAAACAUGAAUACAGUUUUUUUUUAUAUUGCCUCAAAA